AAAAUAUCAAAUUCUAAAAUAAAAAUAAUAAUUUUUUCUAAAUGCUUAUUAAAUUAUCAAAGCAUAUAAUUAAGCAUUUCAUCCUUAUUCUUCGCUCAUUCAUUCUAUUUAUCCAUCAUUCAUUCCUCAUUACUCCAUCCCAUGAUUGUUUUAUAUAUAAUUUAAAAAACUUCGUUGUCAUCAUUCACUUAUAUUACAUACUGAGAUGAGUGGUAAAUACUUUUGAAGUUCACUUCAAACAAUAAUUCAAUUUAUUUUACAUGAAUUAUUAAUCAAUAUGAAGCAAAACAAAAUUAAUUCUUAUUAAUUUAUUU